CACUUCUUCACUUCCAAAAACACACACUAAAAAUUUCUGGGUUUGUCCGAAAAGUAGAAAGAAAGAAAAAAAGAAAAAGUAGUGAGAAAGAAUUCUUCUUUUGAUUUUCAAUUUUUUUUUAAAUUUAAUUAAUUUGUUGAGCAGCCAGAGAUGCCAAUCCAGAGCGACGCCGCGACGCCGCCGCCGAGGAUCGGGAAGAUCGGCCCGUACACCGUGUUCGUGACGCCUCCGGCAACCCCGAGUCCCGGCCCAAAACCGGAAUCUCGGAGUAGAACCUCGCCGGUUCAGUUUCAGGUCGAGACGCCGGUUCAGCCGCCUUCCCGGCCGCCGGUUAUGGCACCUCCGGCGCAGUUCUACAAAGAGAAGCCGUCUUCUUUCUCUUUCUUCUGGAACACCGUUGCCAAAGUUCAGAAUGCUCAUGCGAGUUUGGACGAACACGUGGCACACUGGUUUGGGUUGAACCAGUCAAAGUAUCAAUGGGCGUUGGAUGAUUACUACGAAAGCAAUGGAAAAAAUCAUGUCGUAGAAGCAAAACCACAGGUUAAAUCCAGCAAAAUACAGAGUGUAUGAGUAAAGCUUGGGAACCAUCAUUUUCAAGGAGGAGGAUAAGGGCAAAGAAGUCAUUUUGCGUUAUUUCGUUUCUGAAUUCGGCAUUAUCAAAUGUGAGAAUGCCUAUAAGCAGUUAUUUUUUUAUUAACUACAUUUAGCUGUUCUUGUUGUUGUUGUUGUGCUAUGUUGUAGCCUUUUGUUAAUAUCUGCAGCUGAGCAAACUUGCAAGAGUUGCUACAAAAUGCUGUUUGUGUUUUGUACUUGUAUUUGAUGAUGUAAAAGACGAAACCUAGCAAAUAUAUAAACUCGAUCGACAUUUUCUGUUAUAUGAAAAAGUGAGGGAGAUGUUGCAAUUGAACUUUG